UCUCUUUCAGGUGCAGCCAAUCAAUUGAUCUUUCAAAUAUCAAAUAUCAAAAUCAAAUGCUGCAUAUUUGAGUUGCUACAUGUAUCAAUGUAGGUAAAUGCAUGUGCCCAGUUCGACAUCCAAGAAUGCGAAGCUCUUAUCUUGUACUUCGUUAGGUAUAAACACUUUUUAUCCUAUUUUCUACGAAACGCCUCAUUCACAAGAAAGCUAUCCCUACCAUCUUCUGACCUAGUCACGUCUAAUAUCUCACUACAAAGAUCAUACGAUUGACGAUAUGAUUAUUUCUGGACUUCAUCAAGGACAACCUUCACAGACCUCUUAGGACCUAGCAACAAGCUAAUCAAUAACAACUUCAGUUCUUAGAACUUACACCUACAGUUGCUAUUAAACAGUACCCCCAGAAACUUAUGACCAUGAGCAUGGAUUUCUAACCCACAACCACUACGAACAUUCCUACUGUUGAGAUUGUUUCCUAUGAGUCUUAAUCAAAAUAUCCCGAUUAUGCUUCGAGGUACUUAAGUCUGUCUUCAGAUCAGCUUAUACAACAUCCCCAUCCUUCCAACCUCACAAUUACCUUAGUCUCGAUAUUUAUUUUCAUGCUAUCAUACUAUGCAGGCCUCUCAAGACGGUAGUGGUCCGCUCGAGGACCGCCUACGCAGCCUCAUAAUUAGCAAUACAGAAGGAACGACUACACAUGCCCUUCAAAGCUCGGCUACUUCUACAAGGACAGGAAGUAUCUCUUUAGAGGAUGGGUCUAAAGUCAAACAAGGAUGGCCGGAGGCAGGACAGUCAUCUCCUUCAACCCAGGCCCCUCCUAAAGCUGGCAAGAAACGUCCAAACCAGGCCGAGCGUCGCAAGAUGCGAGCCCAGCUAUCCAUUCCUAUUGACACCAGAGCUCCAGCACCCUAUGAUGGGAAGCCCUAUGCAAAUUCCCACCAUACCAAGAACCAGCGUUCUACGUGGCACAACACUGAGCAGGAUACUUUUCGCCCUCCUUUAAACGCAUACAAUUAUGAACCCCAGGGUCGUGCUACCAACCCUCCAUUUUCAAAUCAGCGACGCCAUCAAGGCAGAUUUGGCCAAGUAUCGGCAUCUGUCCCAGGCCACCAGCCACCUCAGAGGCAGCAACAACCAUAUACGCAAAAUCCUUUCUCAAAGGGCGUUAACGUUAUAUCGGCAGAUUCAUUCGCAGCCCGCGGCCCUGCACCUGCCCCUUCACAGUCUUGCCUCUAUCAUCCAAAUGGGCAGCACCAACCUAUCUUCGAUCCAGAGCAACUUGCGAAUGAAUCAGCCCAUCUUGAUGAACUUUGCCGUUUUGUGAUUACAGGUGCGGAAAUUGAGCCUAGCGAGAUUGCUGAAAAAGAAUACUUCCGUGCUCAAGUAGAGGCAAUUUGUCGCGAUGCUAUCACUCGCCAUGAGAUCGAAAUCAAUGGAAACUUGGGUUUCCAGCCUUACACAGUUGAACUCAAAUGCUUUGGGAGCCUUGCGUCUGGAUUUGCGACGAAGGCUGCUGAUAUGGACGUUGGUCUUCUUUCUCCUAUGUCCUGGUCCUCGCCGGAAUCACCGGAUUCGCCUAUUCCACGUCUAAUUGAGAAAGCAUUACUGGAGCAUGGCUUUGGUGCACGCCUUCUCACUCGCACUCGAGUACCAAUCAUCAAGCUCUGCGAAAAGCCCGGUGAAAGACUUCGUUUGGACUUGUUGGACGCGCGAGCUAAGUGGGAGAAAGGAAUAGUAGACGAUAGUAACGAUGCGGCAGACGAUGUUAUAGAUGAUCAAGAUGCCCCUGACGGCGCUGUUGCUGCCCUAGCCGUCGCCGAAAUCGAACAUUCGUCGCCUAGUAACCAGGACCAAGACUCCCAAACACGAUCUGGCCCAGUGGGAAGGACCUAUGAGGAGCAGCUUUCUUCCUUGAAGCAAUCCGACUCUCAAUCGUUGGUAGCGUAUUAUCAUAACGCGAAACGCCUUCUACGCCGAUUAAAUGGUCGUGAUAUCACCAUAUCAAAUGCGACAGACUUCAAAGACACAGACUAUAAGGUUCUUGAUGAUGUCGCCAACGCCUUCAUUAAUGGACUCCAUGAUGGGGAUUUAAAACGACGAAUACAGGCAUACCCAUCCUUCUCUUUCGAUGUCACAUCAGAGCCGCCUAAUCGCCGCUCGCUUAUAGGCGUCUUUAUGAUGGCGGAAGGCGAGCAACUUGCGACCAUCUGGGAAACGCAGGCAAUGAUAGAAAAGAGCAUCCAAUUGAGACCAGAUUCCAAAUUUGUUGUCCAAACCUGGAAAGAUAUCAUGUGUAAGAAGAUCUUCGGUACAGAACCCCUUACACUAAAUCGGGAACUUCAUUUAGCUCUUGAACACCUUCGUAAGAUCCCGUUAGUGCAACUUAUACAGCUUAAGCAAGAUCAAUACGAGUCACCAACACAAUAUCACACAAGAGCGAUCCAGAUCACGAACGGUCUUUGUCCCGCUCGUCCAUCAUCAAAUAAGUCUUUUCUCCCUGAGAUCUCCCAGCACUAUAUUUCGGGUAUCCGUGAUAAGUAUGUGAGAGAUGAGGUUCAAAAAUUCGCAAACUCCACCGGAGUGCAGAAUCUGAGGACACUGGCCAGGAAGCAUAAAACCAUCCAUCUUGUCACCGAGUACGAAAGGGCCAUCGAGAAAGGUCUUUACCGUGAAGAAGAUAUUCCAGCCAUUAAAGAGUACAUGGAGAUCCUUCAGGGCGACUUUCUGCACCAGACACCAGCCACCGAUAAACCCAUAGUUGAUGCGUUCGACUUCAUAGUCCCAGCUACCAAGAAAACAACGGAGCUAGUUGGAAAGAUCAGACAACUCCCUGAUCCAUCCAAGCUUGCACCAAAUAAGCCAAGGGACCGAUAUCACGAUAGCUUGGAGUUUCCUAAGAAUGGAGUCGGUGUACAGUGCGAUAUCAAUUUCUCGGCCCACUUAGCCCUCCAGAAUACCUUGCUCCUACGCUGUUACUCCUACACCGAUCCCCGUGUUAGGCCUAUGGUCCUUUUUGUAAAGCACUGGGCCAAGGCUCGCGGCAUUAAUACACCAUAUCGCGGAACCCUGAGCAGCUAUGGUUAUGUUCUUAUGGUACUACACUACCUUGUCAACGUUGCAGUACCAUUCGUAUGCCCCAAUCUUCAGCAGCUCGCUCCCCCUGAUCCGAACCUACCAGCAGAGGAUCUUGAGGAUGUUACCACAUGUAAGGGCUGGAACGUUCGAUUCUGGAGGGAUGAAGAAGAGAUUCAGAGGCUAGCCCAUCAAGGCCAUCUCAACCAAAACCAAGAAUCCCUCGGAUCAUUGCUAAGAGGAUUUUUUGAGUACUACGCGCAGAAUAACGUAAUGAGCACUACUCGCAAACGUGGUUUUGACUGGGGCAGGGACGUUUUGAGUUUGCGAACCCACGGAGGGCGGCUCUCAAAGCAAAAGAAAGGUUGGACAGGAGCGAAGACAGUCCUGCAAUUAGAGACAGGUGCUCUUCCAGACCCAGCCGAAGCGGGGGUUAACCACAAGGUGAAAUCACCUAUAGACGGCAUGAUCGGACAGCAAGCUACAACAAACGCACAAUUUGGGCAAUUUAAUUCUCUGGACGGUGUCCCUGUGCCACCAACCAAACCAAAGGACUUGAAGGAAGUGCGUCAUCGAUACCUCUUUGCAAUCGAAGAUCCGUUCGAACUUGAGCACAACGUCGCUCGGACUGUAACUCAUAAUGGCAUUGUGUCCAUCCGAGACGAGUUCCGGCGUGCCUGGAGAAUCAUCAGAACUGCCGGCAAAAAUGGGCAUGCUGUAGAGAAUCUGCUGGAGGAUGUCAACGUGGAGAGCGAAAAGACGGAGGGAAAGCAAUUCACAGAACUAUUGGAGGAGAUGCAUGGACCGGGUAUCUUCCUGAGUUCUGUAACGAACUAAUCAUAGUUAUAGCUAUCCGCACAAGUUUGUAUGUUUAAAAUUGUAAGCUCUGCUUUAUAGCGGCAGAUCGGAUAUUGUACGAGUAAUGACGUCCAAGGGAUAUGUGAUGGGGGAUGGAUCUCUCUUGUUACUUGUCGACUAGUUGUCUGAGCUGGUUUCAAAACAUUGAUGUGUUAACUGCCAACUGAAUACGUGGUGUCCGGCCUCGUAUUACGGGAUAAUGUAAUGCUUGUACGAUCGCAUAUUCUAACAGCUUCCUUUUGCUAUAAACGACGUCAAAUAAAAAUUAGUCAGCC